AUGGAUUACUUUUAUUUAUUAAUAUUAUUAAUUAAUUUUAUUCAAAUUUCAUCUACAACGAAAACAUGUUAUGGUCCUUAUGUUACUGCAUCAAGUCUUGAAGAAUUACAUCAAGAUAUUCACUUAGUUGAACCAUUGCCAAUUCAUUGUGGUGGAUUAUCGUGUGAAUUCUAUUUAAGCCCAAGUUCAGCUUUAGGUUCAAAUGGUCCAUUAAGUGCCUAUGGUCCAUUAGGAAUAAUGGGUCCUAUUGGACAUUCUGUAUGGAAUCCAACAGCUUGGAGAUUUCCAUCUAAUGAAAUAAUUGAUUGGGCAACAUCAGAUAUGUUAUUUGGACUUUCCAAUAAUCCUCUUUCAUCAGCAGGUCCAUUAUCAUCAGAUUCAUAUCAUAAAAGUUUACCAUCAAUUAAUGAUUUUGGUAAGCAUUUACAAGCAUUGGGAUUAUGGGGCGCUUUAGGUCCUCUAGGACCAUUAGGUGCUUUGGGUCCAUUAGGUCCGCUUGGACCAACGGGUCCUCAUAAUACAAUGAAUUUAGAAGGACAUCAUAGUGUCUCCGUAAAAUGGACAACAAAUGAAAUUCAUGAUUUUGAUUUAGUUGAAGUGCUUGAUGAAUCCCGUGCUAACGAAGAAUUAGAUUGUUCAUUUAUGAUAUUUGGUGUCAUAAGACAAAGCGAUGAAACAGAUAGUUACUAUUUUAAUUGUAAACCAAAUCAAUUUGUUACUAUUGUUCUUGUACCUGAACAUAGUCUUGAUUAUUUUAAUAUGACACUUUUUUCCAAUACAAAUUCGUCGGAAAAAAUUGCGUCAAGUGAUUCAAUGAACUAUAUUAAUUUUAUUCAAUUAGGAUUAAUGAAUAAUAACAAUGGGACAUUUCGUAUUGAUGUGAGUUUACAUGAAAUGCAUCAAUUUAUUUUAGCGCAUUCAUAUCGUUUGAUUGUUACUGGUUCACACGACUUACUGGAUUUAAAAGAAGAAGAAAAUAACAUAAAAGGACCUCAUAUUAUUACAUGUUAA